GAGUGACUGCUACGAGGAAACAACAAAGGAUGAAACAACAAAAGAGAAGGACAUCUGAAAAAGUAUCGGACAGUCAGAAAGCAGGGAGAGAGCCUGAAGCAGCCAGAGACAUGCGAAUGAAGGGUCCCAAGAAAUCUGGAGGAUUUCAAUCUAUGGCUCUCAGUUUUCCAAUAUUAAAAGGAAUUCUCAAACGGGGCUAUAAGAUUCCUACACCUAUACAAAGAAAAACUAUACCAUUAGCUCUCGAGGGAAGAGAUAUAGUAGCAAUGGCUAGAACGGGUAGUGGAAAAACUGCUUGCUUUUUAAUUCCUUUAUUUGAAAAACUCAAAACAAGACAAACAAAGACCGGAGCACGGGCAUUGAUAUUAUCGCCUACACGUGAAUUGGCAUUGCAAACAUUGAAAUUUAUAAAGGAAUUGGGAAGAUUUACAGGAUUAAAGGCAGUUGUGAUAUUGGGUGGUGAUAGUAUGGAUAAUCAAUUUAGUAUAAUUCAUGAAAAUCCUGAUAUCAUUGUAGCUACUCCAGGAAGAUUUGUACAUAUAUGUAUAGAAAUGGAUCUGAAAUUAAAAAAUGUUGAGUACGUUGUCUUUGAUGAAGCUGAUAGAUUAUUUGAAAUGGGAUUUGGAGAACAGAUACAAGAAAUUGUAAACAGAUUACCCGAAACGCGUCAAACAUUGUUAUUCUCUGCCACUUUGCCCAAAAUCUUAGUGGAUUUUGCAAAAGCUGGUCUAAAUGAUCCAGUUUUGCUUCGUUUGGAUGUUGAAAGUAAAUUGCCAGAAGGGUUAAUGUUAUCGUUUAUUACAUGUCGCCCUGAAGAGAAAUUGGCUGUACUUCUAUGCUUGUUAAAAAGGAUUAUUAAGCCUGAUUCACAAACAAUUAUAUUUGCAGAGACUAUGCAUCAUGUGGAAUAUAUUCAUCAGAUAUUGGAUAAAGCAAACAUCUCUAAUACUUUUAUUUACUCGAAUCUGGAUCCUUGCGCGCGUAAAAUAAACGCAGCUAAGUUUCAAACUGGCAAAGUAAAAGUUCUUAUAGUAACAGAUGUUGCUGCUAGAGGAAUAGAUAUACCAUAUCUAGAUUAUGUAAUUAACUUUAAUUUUCCUGCAAAAUCUAAACUCUUUGUACAUAGAGUGGGACGAUGUGCUCGAGCUGGACGUGUUGGAACAGCAUAUAAUAUUGUGAGUUCGGACGAAUAUCCUUAUCUACUAGAUUUACAUCUUUUUCUUGGUCGGCCUUUAACGAUAAUGCCGAGUACAGGAUCCAUUGAAAACGUAGAAUCUGCUGUGGGCAAAAUGCCACAAUCUAUGAUAGAGGAGGAACUAGGUGAAUUAAUAAAUUGGCACAACAGUUCUACAGAUCUUACAAAUAUGCAAAGGGUGUGUAACAAUGCUUAUCAGCGAUAUGUCAGAUCACGUCCAGGUGCUUCAACAGAAAGUGUUAAAAGAAUCAAAGAACUUUGUAUAAAUGAAGCUGGAAUUCUACCACAAUAUUCUGAUGUUUCUCCUACAGCAGCAGAUAUAAUAUCCAAGAUGAAAAGCUAUAGACCAAAGGGGACGAUAUUUGAGAUUGGUACAAAAGCGAAUUCAGUAGAUUACCAAGUGAUGAAGACGAAACGAAUAUUUCACAAGGAGAAUAUUUUUAAUUUUCACAAAAAAAUAGAAGACCGCAAAACUGAAGAAGUUAACAUGACAUCAAAAAAUUUGCCAAAAAAGAUUAAUCUGCCAUCCAGCAGUGCGGAAGAAAUUAAUGCUGCAUUCAGUACAGUGAUAGUUCCGAAAAAAAGAAGUGGCGAUGAUUUAUAUAAAAUUUCAAAGAAAAAGAAAACACAUACAAAACGAGAUGAAGAAUAUUAUAUACCUUAUUCCGCACCAGACAAGCAUACAGAAGAAGGUUUAGCUGUUAACACUUUUGCCACAGAAGCUGAUAAAGCACAGAUGGAUUUGAUGGCAGAUAACGAAGACAGCCAACAUCUUCAAAAGCAAUUAAAAAAAUGGGAUCGGAAGAAAAAGAAAAUGGUCACCAUUGAUAGGGAUCCGAAAGCGAAAAAAAUACGUACCGAAUCGGGUGUAUGGAUACCUGCUACAUAUAAAACAAAUCGGUAUAACAUGUGGAAGGAAAAAAGUAAAGUUGAUGAAAAUGACAAUGAGAGUGAUAGUGAGGAAGAAUCUUUACAGACGCAAAAAUUGCGAACAACAGCAAAUACACAUUGGGCGCGACACAAUCAAAAACUGAAAGACAAAGUUAAAACAAAGAACGAGCUGAAGAAACCUGAGCAAAUCUUAAAAGCGCGUAAAUUACUCGAGCGAAAGCGCCGAAGAAACGGUAGGAAAAAUAGUAGAGGUAAAGGUCAAAAAAAUCAUAAGAGGAAGCAUUGAAACAUUUUUAACUUUAAAAUAUGUUCAUA